CACGUUGAUGCCAAACCAAAAGGAAAACGAUGAACUGAAGAUCCAAGUGGAAUCGCCGCAUUGCGAAUUCACCGCAACUCCCACGUGCCUUUGUUUUAAUCGACCGGCCCCCCAGAAAAUUUGGCAAAAGAUAUUCUUCUCCAAACUCCACCACGAGCCGAAAGCAAUGACACUCAGAAGCAUAUAACUUGUGUAAGCCCCAAAAGGGAUAAAAACCAAUUAAAAUUCAAGAUGCCAUCGCCCUCCUCUUUCACUGUUGCCUACCCAAGUAGCAGUCACCCCUUCCCCCCCAGGCGCUCCCUCUUCGAUCCCCGCCUCAAGCGAAGACGACCCAGUAGCCUCACCCUCGCCAAGACGCAGGCGGGCUUCGUCGAGACCUGUUUCCUCCUCGUCACCACCACGAGCAGCAGCGGCCGCGGCAGCGAGGAGCGAGAGCAUCUGGGUAAGGGCCAAAACCAUACCUUUCUCCAGAAUCUCUACUCUUCCGUCGAGAGGGACGAAUCCCAGGGCCAAAGCCCGGAGACCCAGGAUCGGGAACGAGAUCAAGAUCCGUCCUUGGAACGAGGGGGGUACAAAAGGGCCAAGAAGCGCCGCAGGGGAAUUUUCACAAGCAUGUGGUGGGCGGACGUGAAGGCCGCGAUUGGGCAGAGGAUUAACUUGGAGGCGAUCGUCUGCUCGGCUUCCGUGAUUGCGAGGGACCGGCAUCUGUUGCUGCCGCACGUCUCUGUCCCUGAUAUACGCUACAUUGAUUGGGCGGAGCUGCAGAGGAGGGGUUUCAAGGGCGUUGUGUUUGAUAAGGACAAUACCCUCACUGCGCCUUAUUCGUUGAGGCUAUGGGGCCCUAAUGCUUCUUCGAUAGACCAAUGCAAAUCGGUCUUCGGUCACAAUAUCGCGGUUUUUAGCAAUUCUGCUGGGUUACUGGAAUAUGACCAUGAUGGUUCGAAAGCGAAAGCACUCGAGUGGGCAAUCGGGAUAAAAGUUAUAAGGCACAGAGUGAAGAAACCAGCUGGAAGUGCCGAAGAAAUUGAAAACCACUUUGGCUGUGAUUCGUCGCGCCUUAUAAUGGUGGGAGAUCGUCCCUUCACAGAUAUUGUCUAUGGAAAUCGAAAUGGAUUUCUUACUAUAUUAACCCAGCCCUUUAGUCUUGCUGAAGAGCCAUUUAUCGUGAGACAGGUAAGGAAACUGGAGAAUACCCUUGUCAACCAUUGGCUUAGGGGAGGAGUGAAGCCGACAAGUAACGGAUUGCUUCCAGAUGGCUCUCAUUGUGUGAAAGAACCUACAUCCUUGUAAAAAUCUUUUGUAAAUACAGGCAAUCCUUUGUUUCGUUGCUAAAUAUUGAGGUUCCUGUAGUUAAUUCAACGUGAUUGCUGCAUGGAAAUGCAUCUUUUUCCUUGUAGCUAAAUUUUGUUAGGUUGUCCAAUAUCUGAAUCCAAAAAAUUAGUGCCAGAAAGAGGUAGCGUAGAUAAAAAUUCUUGUUCUUCUCAAUUUCGUUAUUUACAGAAAUAAAUGUGCAAAAUCUGUGUGGA